GUGCGCAAAACAAAACAGUCUCGGCUAACCGAAAUCGCAGAAAAACGCAUUUUCAUCGUUCUCUGCAGUUAGUCAUCUCGUUUAUAGUUGUGCAAAAAGUUAAUUGGAAUUCAGGUUAACUAGCGACAAAGGAACUUCCAAUAAUAAGCGCCAUUAUCUGCAUCCAGAUAGUGGGUAACGAAUUGAAAGGUAUUUCCGUGCGCCCGGCUUCACCAUAGCGCAACAGCAAAGCUUGAAACGGAACCAUCCGGACCGAGUUUCUUCUCCUCCAAUUAGCAGCAGUCCGCUCAUUUCUAAUUGGAAAAACGGCGCCAAGAUGGAGCUCCUGCAGAAACAAUUAGGUCAGAUCAAGGUGCCGUGUGCCAACGAUAACGUCUACAAGGAAGAAUGCGUUUACAGCUUUGAUAAUCCGGAAUCGCCGACCGGAUUGUUUAUCAGUUUAACCAGUUUUCUCGGUUUCGGGGAGGAGUACGCCAAAGCGUACGCAGCUAAAACUGGCAAUAAGGUGUUUCUGCACCUAAAGCGCGAUAAGAUUGAAAUUCCGGAACAGCCGCAGGAGGGUCCGGAGAAGAAAAUUACCCGGCUGGCCAUUGGGGUUGAGGGUGGUUUCAAUCCGACUGACCAGAAAAAGUAUGAGUACAAAGAGCACUACAAGGUGGUGGUUCUGCCGGAGGGUGAAGGCUUCCCGUACCCCAAUCAGGAUCUUCCGCUGUUAGUAACGAAUUCGGUGGAAGCUGUGAUCAAGGCGGAAGCUGCCUCGGUCAAGCGAGAGCGGGAACAGAUGAGCGGCACCUGGGAUGGGGAGCUGAGACAGGUAUCGCGACAUGCCGAAAACUUACUGCAGCUGGACAAUGGCAAGAAGGUUCCACCGACCGGAUGGAAAUGUGAGAACUGUGAUUUGACCAGCAACCUGUGGCUGAAUUUGACUGACGGAGCCAUUCAUUGUGGUCGUAAGUUUUACGAUGGCACUGGAGGAAACGAACAUGCUUUGAAUCAUUACCGGGAGACAAAUUACCCUCUGGCGGUAAAGUUGGGGACCAUCACGUCGGAUGGCAAGGGAGACGUUUAUAGCUACCAAGAGGACGAUAUGGUUGAGGAUCCUUAUUUGAUUAAGCAUUUGGCUCACUGGGGCAUCAACGUUGGUCAGUUGGAAAAGACUGAAAAGUCCAUGGUCGAACUGGAGUUGGAUCUGAACAAAAAGAUUGGUGAAUGGGGAAUUCUUUGCGAAAGUGGCAGCAAUCUGCAACCGAUUGCUGGGCCAGGAUUGACGGGAAUGCGAAACUUGGGCAAUUCCUGUUACAUGAACAGCGUGAUGCAAGUCAUGUUCACGAUUCCGGAUUUCGUCCAACGAUUUGUCGAUGGCGCGAAGGAAUAUUUUGAUAAAUUCCCUGCUGAUCCAGCAAAUGAUUUUGAUAUUCAAAUGUCCAAACUGGGAACGGGUCUUUGCAGUGGAAAGUACAGCGUGCUGACUGAUAGUAGCAUGGACACGGUUGAUUCGAGCGCCGGAAUUGCUCCGACCAUGUUCAAAGCGCUUAUCGGAAAAGGUCAUCCGGAUUUCUCCACCAAACAACAGCAGGAUGCUCAGGAAUUCUUCCUUCAUUUGAUCAACAUGCUUAAGAAAUUCAGCCGUAACCAGAGGGAUCCGGCUGAUGCUUUGAAAUUUUGUUUGGAGGAUCGAGUAGAAUGUACCGCAAGUGGCAAAGUUAAGUAUCAUCGACGGGACGAGUGGUGUUUGCCUUUGCAGAUUCCGCUUCAUUUGGCAACGAACAUUGCUGAGGUGAAAAAGUACGAAGACGACUUGGCGUUGGCAGAGAAAGAAGGCCGUCGUAUGGAUCCGGAGGCUUUGGUCCGUCCGAAGAUACCGCUAUCAGCUUGCCUGGACACAUUCGCAUUGCAGGAAACCGUUGAGCAGUUCUACAGCACUGCCAUUCAGGCGAAAACUACUGCCAAGAAGACUACUCGGCUGGCCAGUAUGCCAGACUUUUUGCUCCUGCAUUUGAAGAAAUUUACCCUCAAAGAAGACUGGACCUCUGUUAAGCUAGAUGUUGCGAUCGACAUUCCGGAAAUCCUAGACUUAGAAACCCUUCGUGGAACCGGUAUUCAACCCAACGAAGAAGAACUUCCCGAGCUGGUUGGCAAAGCACCGACUCCUCCUCCAAUGGACCCCGCCGUCAUGGAGCAACUGAUGCUGAUGGGUUUCCCUGCCGAUGCCUGCAAACGGGCCAUCUUUUUCACGAAAAACUCGGGUAUCGAACCGGCCACCCAAUGGAUUAUGGAGCAUAUCGCCGAUGCAGAUUUCUCGGCUCCAUUUGUGCCACCGGGAACUGAUACAGGAAAAUCGGGAGGGGCCUCCGCUUUCGUGCCGGACCCUAUGGGACUAGAAACUCUGAUGGGAAUGGGUUUCACUGAUCUGCAGGCUACCAAGGCUUUGAAAGAAACCAACAACAACACCGAACGAGCUGUUGAUUGGAUCUUUUCACAUGCGGACGAGCUGGACAGUAUUGCCAUGGGCGGUGCCGAGGAAACCGGUGCUGGCAGCGCUGAACCGAACGCUUCGGCCAGUGCUCCCCAAUAUCGCGAUGGAAGUGGAAAGUACAAGCUGGUGGCGUUCAUCUCCCACAUGGGCUCGUCGUCCCAGGUUGGCCACUACGUCUGCCACAUCCUGAAGGACAGCAAGUGGGUGAUCUUCAACGACAACAAGGUAGCGAUCUCGCAGAAUCCCCCGAAGGAGCUGGGCUAUCUGUACUUGUACCAGCGAGUUUAGAUAAUUUUCGUCCAAAAGCUCUCUCUUUAGUAGCAGUGCAAAGUGGCUCGUCAAACAGGAUUUUUUCGGCUCCGCGUAAACAUUUUUUGAUCAUUUUUUGUUGUAUUUUCCCUAGUGAAAUUCUUUUUCCAAAAAUAAGUCUUUUUUCUUUGUUUUGUAGUACAACUGCAAACUAGCUUUUUCCUUAUUUGAUUAAAGCCUAGAUUUAAAACAAGCUAACUUAUUGUCUUGAGCCUUAAGUAAGAAUUCGGAAAUAAAUCAAAAGAAAGAAUCGUUUGAAAGUGCAUAUGAAUGCUUUGUAUAUAC